GAGGCUGCCGAGGGGCCGGGGUCAGCGCGCACCAGCCCUGGACCCUGCAGUUCCGUCCGUACCCUGUCCCAUGGGGAGGUGGAGAAGCCCAGGUGGGUGAGGAGUGAGCUUCUGCGCCCAGGAAGCCCCAUCGGGGCCAUGGGGGGACAGGUGAGGCUGCCGCCCGGAGAGCCCUGCCAUGAAGGCUACGUGCUGGCUCUGAUCUGUCCAAAUGCCUCCCAGGCUUGGUGUGAGAUCACACAUGUGUCACAGCUACUGGCUUCUCCUGUCCUCUACAGGGACCUGAAUUCCAGCAUAACCAACCUGAGCAUUUCUGCAAAUGCUGAGAACAAAUACAGUCUUUAUGUAGGCCUGGUACUGGCAAUAAGUUCCAGUAUUUUUAUUGGCUCCAGUUUCAUCUUGAAAAAAAAGGGCCUCUUGCAACUGGCCAACAAGGGCGUUACUAGAGCUGGACAAGGUGGACAUUCUUACCUCAAGGAGUGGCUCUGGUGGGCAGGAUUACUCUCAAUGGGAGCAGGAGAAGCUGCGAAUUUUGCAGCCUAUGCCUUUGCACCUGCCACCUUGGUCACCCCACUGGGCGCUCUGAGUGUUCUCAUAAGUGCGAUACUCUCUUCCUAUUUUUUAAAUGAGCACUUGAACAUUCAUGGGAAGCUAGGCUGCAUAUUAAGCAUACUGGGGUCAACCGUGAUGGUUAUCCAUGCCCCACAAGAAGAGGAAGUCACUUCUCUGCAUGAAAUGGAAAUGAAAUUGAGAGACCCAGGAUUUAUCUCCUUUGCUGUGAUCAUAACUGUGAUCUCCUUGGUGCUGAUUCUGAUCGUGGCUCCCAAGAAAGGACAGACCAAUAUCUUGGUCUACAUUUCAAUCUGUUCAUUGAUCGGCGCGUUUUCUGUUUCUUCUGUCAAGGGCCUGGGAAUCGCCAUUAAGGAACUGUUGGAAUGGAAGCCAGUUUAUAAGCAUCCCCUGGUCUUUGUUCUGCUGGCUGUACUUGUGCUUUCAGUGACGACACAGAUUAACUAUCUCAACAAGGCCCUGGACACCUUCAACACAUCUCUUGUGACUCCCAUUUAUUACGUGUUCUUCACAUCCAUGGUAGUGACCUGCUCCGUCAUCUUAUUCCAAGAAUGGUAUGGCAUGAAAGCUGGCGAUAUCAUCGGGACCUUGAGUGGAUUCUUCACCAUUAUCAACGGCAUUUUCCUUCUACACGCUUUCAAAAACAUUGACAUUACCUGGAGUGACCUGACAACCAACACUCAGAAAGAAGUCUUCUCUCUGAAUGGCAAUGAAGACAAAUACGUCUUACUAGAGAACAUAGAAUGUGCAACCCCAGGAUUUGAUGAUGACAUUACCUUGUUUAGCAGGACCGAUGAUCAAAGUCCCUAGAAACCCUGAACAUUAACCACGACGAGUCACUUGGAGAGAAGGAGGACUCUCUGACUCUUGGAUGAACUCUUAGGAACAUUGGCAUUGUUAAAGUUCUAACUAAUGAUUUAGAUGUGAAGCCAAACAAAAAUGUUUCAUUUGGGGCCAUUAAUUUUGAAAAUCAAAGUUUUGGUGCCUCCCCCCAGAAGACUUCUGCUGGUUUUCAUUUUUGCACACAUGAAAUAUUUCCUAAGCCUAAAAGAAGUCAGAGAGUUAGACGACCCAGAAUAAUCUCUUCUGGUCGAAAUGUUUGGCUCUGCCAGGUGGCUCUUCCUUUCUUUGGCUGCUAUUCUUUUUUAUGUAUUUUUUAUUAUUUUUUAAUGGCUACAAUUGUGGCACAUGGAAGUUCAUGGGCCAGGCAUUGAAUCCAAGCUGCAGAUGCGGCAACACCGGAUCCUUUAACCCAGUGGCUGCUAUUCUUAGUCUGUCAGUAAUUCAUAGGUAUAGGCUGAAUGGUGUGCUGAUAAGCAGAAUAUCAAUCAUCACUCUCUAAUGAGUCAUAGUUUCAAAUUAUUAAAACUAAGAAGCAAAAUCACUGAUGCUCCCACCCCGCCACCACCAACUUCCUUCUUUCUAAACUACAUAGCUAAAGAGUAGAGUGCUAAAGAAAAAAAUCAGCAUGUUGGAAAUCUGCUCCUUGGUGGGCUAGAAUAUGCAUGAUACACAUGCCCAUGAGGGCUUAUGAAUUGUAAUUUCAUGACAUAUCAUAGAAACUUAUUAUCAAUUAAAAAGGGGAGAACAGAGGAGGGAGGGAGACAGUACCUUAGGGAAAUGAAACACUUUAUUUUUUGCUUUUCACAAAAACAAAAACAAAUGACCAUAUUCACAGGUUCUCUUAAUUCAGACCUGAGCAACAUUGGACAAAAUUGAGUUUCUGGAGAAAUACAGGUGAUUUCAGCUCUGGA